AUGGACGAAAGCGAAGCUGGACGUGAAGAGAUUACCACGGGGCCGAAGAUGCCAACCAACACAACAGUACCACCAAAGUCUGGCUUGAAAACACUCGUAUUUGGUGAGGACCCAUCGGGCAACGGCGAUGGCGACACUGAAAUGGACGAAGCGGUGGCAAAGCCAAGAAGCAUCGCAAGCGAACCGACAGCAGAGCAUCGUUCAAAGCCGCGAAAGAAGAGAGCGGGGGUUCCAAAUCUGAGUGAAGAUGAUGACGAACAUGAGAAUGGGAAUGUCGACGGUAAGGUGGAUUCGAGUAAGAGAAGGAAAAAGGCCAAAGCUGCUAAACCCGCAACUUCCAUCGAUACUGACGGAGAAGAGCAACAACAUCCCCAAACUCUCGAAGUUCCCCCCGAAUUCGAGAUAGCGUGGGCGGCGCUGGCCGGCAAAGAGGAGAAGAACCCGAAGAGACCCGACAAGACCAUCAUCAUCGCGCGAAGGAAGAGAUGGGAAAAAGGUAACUUGGAGGUAUUGAUAUGGAACGAUGGGGAGCUUGAGUGGAUGAGAAAGACCCAUGCUACGAAGUUGUACAAGAAGACCGUCGAGAGGUUUGAGGAAGUCGAACAGAAUCAUUGGAUAGAUGUGAACGUACCUGGCUGGUAUCAAGUAAGAGUUCUCAACAAAGUCACGCUGACAGAUGGGCCGGAGAAAUUCAUCACACGAUUCAGCAACGAUGACUACGACCGUGUGCACCAGAUGCUCAUAUUCAUAUUGAGUGAGGUCCUUCAGCCCAGAUCGUGGCUGGUAGAACCAGAGGAAGGAAGCUAUCACUAUGCGACGCACGAGGACGAGGCGAAAGCCAUGGCAUCCAUCUCCAAAAGUGCUCAAGAGCUCGUCGAGAUAAUCUGGAAGCCUUACAUCGAUGACAGCAACCCCGAUGACAGCGAGACCGAUGAAAACCAGGUCAAUGAGAACCAGCUCAACGAAGAGACUUAUCAAAACUUGAGUGAUGUAAAUGUCAUAUGGACUUCUGCAUCGAAUAAGGUCGGAACGUCCAAUGAUGACAACGAAACAGCAACAACAACGGGACAAACAUCCAAGAUCAAGUUGACGAACAUCUGGACUGUCUUCAUCGAGGACUUCCAUGUUUGGCAGAGAAAGCGUACUACUGGACCAGUCUUGUUAGUCAAGAUUGUGCCGCCAACCAUAGCGAAACGGAAAGACCUCGGUCGUCGUAUGAUCACCCACAGUCCCCAUGUCGCCAGGCCAGGCUCCUGGCCAUAUCUGCUCGCCCUGGCCUUACUCUCAGACGAUGAAGCGGAGCAAGCGGAAGAGGAGGUGGGGCUGAUGGCGCACGCCGCUCGUUCUAGAGAUACUAUCCAUACCUGCAUGGAAGAGUAUCAGGAGCAUAAGAAGCUGAGCUAUGCCGAAGCAGUACACACCUUCUGGUUGCUUCAGCAGUCCCUGCAGGACGAGCAGUUCGCCAGCGAGAGUAACGCAGAAAAGCCAGAUGAUGACGCUGCUCCGAGGCCUGAAUCCGACCGCGGACAACGUAGCGAUUCUGAACACGACAACAGUACAGACAACUCUGGAGAUGAAGACGACGCUCCAGCCAACGAGAAGAGCGCCCGGCCAUUGAAGAGUAGGAGACGGGUUAAGCUGGCGAACGAACACGACGAGCAUGUUGAAGUAGAAGAUGCUGAAGACCAGUCAGGGAAUGACGAGAUUGAAGGAGAUGGCACUGAAGCUGACCAAGAUCUACCAGCCCCGACUCAUGCCCCUCAGCAUCAGGGUGCCUCAGAGGAGAGAGAAGCGACUGCGAAGUCAGGCCCUGGUUCAAGAAAACCUGGCAUGCCAGCGGUGACUGAUAACGGAGAGGGGGUAGUGGAUGGAACAUCUAGAAUUGGAAAACCGGGCAAGAGGGUAUCCACUGCUGCGAUCGGUGAGCAACCGCCAGCAAAGAAGUUGAAGACUAAGAAGACUGUCGCGUUGGCCGAUGACGAGAACUAG